GCUCCCAGAGGCCCCCGCGGCGGAAGUGGUCAUUCUCCGCGGCACGCACCCACGCCGCGCACCCGCGGCAUCCCGGCCAUGGCGAUGGGGGGAGGAGGCGGCGGCGGCGUCCCGGAGCCGGAGGACUCGGUGCUGUUUCGGCGCGGCGCCGGCCAGAGUGAUGAUUCUGACAUUUGGGAUGAUACAGCACUAAUAAAAGCAUACGAUAAAGCUGUGGCUUCAUUUAAGCAUGCUCUAAAGAAUGGUGACAUUUCUGAAGCUUCAAAUAAACCAAAAGGCACCCCUAAAAGAAAAGCUGCUAAGAAGAAGAAGAAAAGCCAAAAAAAGAACACCACCACUCCCUCAAAGCAGUGGAAAGUUGGUGACAAAUGUUCGGCCAUUUGGUCAGAAGAUGGCUGCAUUUACCCAGCUACCAUUGCUUCAGUUGAUUUUAAGAGAGAAACCUGUGUUGUAGUUUACACUGGAUAUGGAAAUACAGAAGAGCAAAAUCUGUCUGAUCUUCUUUCUCUAACAUCUGAUGUAGCUAGUAAUAUAGAACAGAAUGCUCAAGAGAAUGAAAGUCAAAUUUCAACAGAUGAAAGUGAGAACUCCUCCAGGUCUCAUGGAAACAAACCAAAUAACAUCAAGUCAAGAGCUGCUCCAUGGAACUAUUUUCUCCCUCCACCACCCCCCAUGCCAAGAUCAGGACAGGGUCCAGGAAAGGAUUGGAAGAGAGUACAGUAUUUACAUCUACCACAGGGCAUCCUAAGGAGCUGCCAAACUGUUAGAGUAAUUCCAGGUCUAAAAUUUAAUGGCCCACCACCACCACCACCUCCACCACCACCACCACCACCACCCUUCCUGUCAUGUUGGCUGCCUCCGUUUCCUUCUGGACCUCCAAUAAUUCCCCCACCUCCUCCAACAUGUCCAGAUUCUCUUGACGAUGCUGAUGCUUUGGGAAGUAUGUUAAUCUCUUGGUACAUGAGUGGCUAUCACACUGGUUACUAUAUGGGUUUCAAACAAAAUCAAAAAGAAGGAAGGUGCUCACAUUUUAAUUAAGGAGUAAUUAUACAGUAUUCCUUAAGAAGUGCAGCUCUCUCCCAAGGAGAAGGGUGUUUGAUAUGCCCUGGUCGAUGUGAACAGUUUCAUCUUUUCUUCAUGAGCACUUGGUUGAAUGGCACAAUCUUCUAAAUUUACUUUUGUUGUAUGUGACUUGUGCUUAAGUAACCAGCCAGGUAUUUGUAGGGAAUAACCAGUUUGAAUAACUGAACAAUGGAAAUGUGAGUAAUUAAAAGAAACUCAAGGUCACAUAUAGUGCAGAAAAGUCAAUCUGUCAACACAUUUGUAUAUUGUAACUUUCUUAGUAUGUUAAGCUUUUUACUGAUGCCUUUAAAAAUAAAUGAUAAAUAUUUUUUAA